AUGCAGAGAGCUUAUAAGGAUCGGGUCUAUUGGACUUGCAAGUCACGGACGAAAGGCUGCAAGGCCCGACUUGUUACGUUGGGCGAUCGAGUUAUGAAGCAAAACCAUGAGCAUUCUUGUGGUUUGAGUACUCGUGGGGUAUCGCGAUCCGAUUUGGCGGCUCCUAUACCGUACAAUACGCCUAAUCAAAAUCAACCUACUACGACCAUUGACAUACCAGCGCCGACCGAAGCCGCUGCGGCGAUGCGGUCUACUCUACUGGGCUUCGCUGACCACCAGGAGCGAAUACUAUGUGAUAAAGCCAUUCUGGAAGCAUACGCUCUUCCUAAUGAGUCUCGAGCUACUGUUGAUCUAGAUGCUGUCAUUCGAGAAUCUGCACAAGUUCCUGAGGCCCCAAUUGACGACUUGAAGUUCAACUCCUCUACUUUGUAUUAUUGCUGA